CAGGAUAAAAUUAGGCCAGCCAGGCCUUAUAUUGCUGACAGAGCUGGGGUGGCCAAAAAAAGCCUGGAGUGCGAGCCAACAGUGGAAGCACAAGGAAGAGAGGAAAGCAAGCAGGAUCAUCGCUGAAAUGGCCACCAAACUUGUGGAUCUGGUGUAUUGGCGGAAAAUGAGGAGGACCGGUGUGGUGUUCACGGGGCUGGUGAUCAGUCUGGCCAGUCUGUUUCAGCUCAGUGCCAUCACUGUGCUGUCCCACAUCUGUCUGGGUGUCAUGAGUGUCACCUUCACCCUCCGUCUUUACUAUAAACUGCUGGAGCUGCUGCGCUGGAACCCCGGGGUCCACCCUUUUCAGUCGUAUCUGGAUAAUGACAGCUCAUUGACAGAUAAGGAGACGGUGAUGCUGGUAGAGGAGGUGGUGCUGCUGAUCGCAUUUGCCUUCACAGAGAUCAAACGCCUGCUUUUCAUCGAGAGCAUGAUCGACUCUAUUAAGUUUGUUGUGCUCCUGUAUCUGCUGACCUAUGUCGGUGUUUUAACCAGCGGACUGACUCUGGUGAUAACUGCUGUGAUCCUUGUUUUCUCCCUUCCUCUGUUGUACAAAAAGCAGCAGAUGCGGAUAAGGAGGAUGGUUAGAGCGGUCAAAGCUUUUGUAAAGAGAAUCAAAAACCUGUGCCUCAGUCUGCAUGAUUCAAUGAGACCCUCUCCUGCCCCUGCACCCGGCCCAAAACCUGCACCCACAGCUGCACCUGCCGCCCCUAAACAGAAAGCCAAGUCAAAGUAACUUGUUGGUUGCGUGUUGGAAGUGCACCCAGGAUUUGGAAUUUGGAAAAUGCUGGAAUGGUACAUCAUCUGUGGGGCUGCUUUGAGGGGCAGUUAAUUUCCAUUUCUCCACCAUAAUGCUUGUUUAUGGGAGAUUUUAUUGAUCCUGACAGCUAAAACAAAGCUGCCAUUCACGCACAGAGAAAGAGUGGAAGUGUAUGAGGAGAGAAUUUUAUUUACUGAGUUGCUUUUUGUGAGCAGCGUUUAAUAUAACCAGUUCACACAGUCAUCUACUCCAAGCAGGGACAGAAUAUCACUGUUUUUUUCCUUUGAUAACAGGUCUAUUUUUAGCUCACAACCAGUGAGCACCAUGUUCCUAUUGAGCUGCAGAAUUAUUCAUAGCAAAGCAGUGAAGCAUUAUUGCUGCGUUCAUUAUGUAGCAUCAUAUAUUGUUAGCUGGAUAGAAUAAAUCUGACAUGAACAUCCCCUGCAAUUAAUUAACAUUAAUGGCUUUGCGCUUACAUUGUUGCAGUAUUAGCAAAAGCUUUUAAGCAGCAACACCUUACAACUUUUAAGAGACUUACAUGAGAAAUAAUGAGAACAUUGUCCUCUGCUUGUCAUGCUUAUUGCAUUUAAUCAGGUACAAACACUGACUUCCUGCUGUUGCAGUAGUUUGGUGAUUAAAGGUACAAAGUGCAUCAACAAAAUAACUCUUAACAAGUGAGAAUCUCUCCAGGAGUUACUCCAGCUGUCCUGCAGUAACUCCAACUACAAUUGGACUGAUUAAUAG